AUGUUGUCAUUAGAAAUGAAAAAAAAAUGUAAAACAAAAACAUUUAGUUCUUUGUUUUGCUACGACGGAGAAUUUUUUAAUCAUUUUAAAUCCUAAAUUAAACAAUUUAAAACGAACAUUAACAAAUAAAAACUGAAGCUGCAGCACUGCCACAAGUGAAAGCAUUUGAGGAUAAUUAAAGUAAAUUAAAUAAUUUGAGGAAAAUACACAGAAAAACUAAAUGAAAAAAGCAAUAAAUUUUUAGUGUUGGUGAUGAUGACAUUGGCAUAAACAAUACAAGGAAAAGAAAAGAAAAAAAAAACAAGACUUUUGGAUAAGAGGAGAGUGAAAACGGGUGUGUGAAAGAGAAAGAGUGGAUUUGAAAACAAUACGAAGUUGAGAACAAGUUGUUAAGGAAGAACCAGCAAAAAUAAAAUUUGAAGUGAUAGAAAUUCUGCUGUCUAGAGAGAGAGAUUAAAUUUAGCAAGAUUAUUGCUAGAUUACAAGAAAUUUGGUCCAGCUGUUUGUUGUUGAUUUUCAACAAUAACAGCUACUGGGCUAUUGGUGGCAGUGUUUUACUACUACUGUUGGUAACGACACUACACAUACUGGCUCACUUACCUUGGUUCAAGACACAUCCCGAAGACCUCUAUCGUCGUAGCCGUCGACUUUAUUACUUGAGACUACAGUGCAUCGCCAAUAUUGAUCAAUUCAUAGAUUUCUACACUAAUGUUUCACGCAAAAUGGACAGUGUGUUUGAAGCAUACUUAGGUCCGGAUGGCGUUUUAGCCGGUGCAGUAGUUGGUGCUGUGGCCGGUGCCACCGGUGAACCCGAUGAUAUACCCAAAGUUAAUACCACUGUAUGGAUUUUGGGUAAAAGUUAUAAUGCCAUACAAGAGUUGGAACUAAUACGUCGCGAUGUUCAGUCCCGUCUUUGGUGUACAUAUCGCCGGGGUUUUGUACCCCUCGGCGAACCACAGUUGACUACCGAUAAAGGUUGGGGCUGCAUGUUGCGUUGUGGCCAAAUGGUUUUGGCUCAAGCACUCAUCGAUUUGCAUUUGGGCCGUGAUUGGUUUUGGACAACUGAAACAAGAGAUUCAACAUAUUUGAAAAUUGUUAAUCGUUUCGAAGACUCUAGGAAAAGUUAUUUUUCCAUACAUCAAAUUGCCUUAAUGGGAGAUUCGGAGGAUAAGAAGGUGGGCCAAUGGUUUGGUCCGAAUACUGUGGCACAAGUGCUCAAAAAAUUAGUUCGUUACGAUGACUGGUGCAGUCUAAUGAUUCAUGUAGCUAUGGACAAUACUAUCGUCAUAGAUGACAUUAUUUCACUCUGUUUGACUAAUCCCAAAAAUGAUGAAUCGUGGAAACCUUUGUUACUUAUACUACCCCUACGCCUGGGACUAAGUGACAUUAAUCCCAUUUAUAUACCCGCUUUAAAGAAAUGCUUUGAGCUGGUGGGAAAUUGUGGCAUGAUUGGUGGAAGACCAAAUCAGGCUCUUUAUUUUCUGGGCUAUGUGGAUGAUGAAGUUUUAUUUUUGGAUCCUCACACAACACAAAGAUCUGGAGGAGUGGGUCAGAAAACUACACAAGAUGAGAUUGAUUUCGAUGAAACAUUUCAUCAGAAAUAUGCGGGUAGAAUACAAUUUACCCAAAUGGAUCCGUCGUUGGCUGUGUGUUUCCUUUGUAAAUCUCGUAUGUCAUUUGAUAUUCUAUUGGAGAACUUAAAAAAUCAAGUGCUAACAGCCAGCACUCAACCAUUAUUUGAAAUCACUAAAACUCGUUCACCGGAAUGGGUGUCGAGCAUGACAGGUAUAACGGCUUCUACUAAUACCACAUAUCACUAUCCUUCUCUUGACUCCAACAACUGUCUAGACACUGUAACAGAUAGAGAUACAGAUACAACAGAACACUGUUAUAAUUCUUAUGAAGAAGUUGCCAGUGAUUUAAAUACUUCCUAUAUUACAUACACAACAACUUCAUCAGAUGAUUUAAUAAGUUAUAGUUCGGCACGAACUAUAAGUUGUGGUGAUACAGAAGAUUUCGAAAAUGUUAAUCACUCAUCUGUGGAGGCCAAACGACGUACUUGCUGUGAUGAUAACGAAGGUUCCGAUGAUGAUUUUGAAUUUAUAUCCUAGUUUAAAUUAAUUUUUACUAUUUCAAAUUGAAUUAACUUAAAUAAUUAUUUCUAUUAAAGUUUUAAUGAAAUUUUAUUAAAUACGCAAGAAUUUUACGUUUUUCUAUGAUUUUGUUUACUUUUAUUUUUUCUAUUUCUUUUAUACAUGUAAAAUUUAUGUCUUGUAAUUAGUUUUAUUUACUUACAAAAAAAUAAGCUUUUUUUUUGUUUAGUCUCAAUUUAUUCAGUUCAGUUUUUUUAUAUAAUAUAAAUAUUUAAAUUAAAUAAAGCGAGAUAAAUUAAUUG